AUGGCCGUUUCUCGAUCCGCUCUUCUCCUCCUAGCUCUCGUGAGCUUGGCCGUUGUCUGUUCGGCUCAAUCACCCGCGCCCAAAACAACAACUUCGCCCAAGACAACUCCCGGAAAGACCGUUGGAGCACCAUCUCCGCCUGCGGGGAAGGCGCCAAUGACGCCGUUCGAUGAGGCCAUCAAGAAGCUCAACGAUUCGGGUUACACCAGCUUCGUCUCGCUCGUUAACGCCUACGGCAAGAUGAAACAGGUCAUGGAUGCUCUCUCAAAGCCGCUCACCAUGCUGGUGCCGUCGAACGCGGCGAUCAGCAAGCUGCAGAUCACCAAGUACAAGUCAACGGAGCUGAUGGUGGUCGUCGGAUUCUCGGCCUUCAAGAAGGUCAUUCCCGCCGAUGCGCUCAAGACCCUGCCCGUGGGCAGCAACAUCACGACUCUCGCGAGCACCAAGGCGGGGAAGCCAAUGACGCUGCAGAAGCAGGCGAACAACAAGAAGGGGCGGGUGGUGCUGCAGGGAAAGAAGGGCAGCACGAUGGCGAUCACCAAGCUUAACUUCUACCUCAAGCCCGGCAAGCUCGUCGUUCACACCACCGACGCCGUCGCCUUCCCCACCACGCUCCAGGGCACCGUUCUGUAA